UCGAUCAUCCCAUCCUUCUUCGUCGGCCUUUUCGCCCAUCGCCCAUCGCCCAUCGAGCGCAUCGUCGCUGCUAAUUGACCUUUCGUAUACGGUACCUGAUUGCGCCUCGGAGUCUCUCGUCUACGCUUCUCCAAUCCUCACUCUAUCGCCGCUGCCGAUCGGUUUCCCUUUUACCGCUCCUCCCCGGCGGCGACGACUACGACGACUACGACGAAUCCACUUCCGAAACUCUCCUCUAUCCAUCCUCUUCCCGUCCCCCUCCACUCGGCUUCUCGUGUUUUCUCGAUGGCGACCAUGACCUUCAAUCCCCAGACACCUCAGAGCCCGUCUCAGUUUUCUCCGAGCAUAGGUGAUCCAGCAUCCAGCAUACACAGCUCCAUGACCGCAAUCACCACUGCUUUGCCUACACCGGCACAUAGCGUCAACGGAUCAGCCCAAGCCGCCGAUAUGGCUCACGAUGCUACGAUGGCGGAUUACUAUUCCCAUAAGCGUAAAUAUUCCUUUGGCGAUGCGGGUGACCAUGAGUUUAAGAAAGUCCAUCUCGAGGAUCGCCGAGUCGGUAUUGAGAACCUACACAUGGAUGUUGGUGAAAAGUACCUUCUUUGCAGAACUCCCCAUUCCGUCUCCUCGCCGUGCAUGUCCGACGACCUUUUUGAGAGAUUCGGUCUAACCGGCAUCGCCGCUGAGGUUGCCCGUACGAAGCCUAACGGGGAAAAGAAUGCGCUCCGCAAGACCUACAAAGGCCAGAUUAAAUCAUUAGGGUUGAGCGGACACUUCGAUGCCGUGAAGAAAGACCCCCAAGAUCAGGACAGUCUCAAGACACUGCUCGACUUCCCCGAAGAAGAAUGGUGCACCAGAGAAGUCAGAGGCAAGGAGAUCGAGCGAGGAUUAUCACAGAGCCUUCUGGCGAACCUAACCCGGGCGACGACAAUGGUCAGAGGUCAAAUACCUAAGACGAUGUGGGAUAGUGCGGUUCUGGGCGAUCUCGCGCCCGGAAACGCACCGAAGAAAGUCAGCCAUGAUCAAGCUACGAGGCAGACGGCGCCUAGCACCCCGGUUCCGUCGGGCCUAGGCGUAACGCCGAAGCCGAAUAAGCCGUUGACGUCUCAGAUGGACCGUGCCCGUCGAAUCGGGAAGAAGCGGAGUUAUCAGGACAGCAGUUUCGAGGGGUACGGCGAUGGUUAUGCUGACGAUGAUGUUGGCGGAUAUUCGACGGGUGACGGGGAGGAACGGUUGAAGUUGAAGAGGAGAAAACAGGUGCAUACGGACGAUCCGUCUUCAGCGAACCUCUUCACUGACCGGCUACAGAACCUUGGCGACGUAUCGUCCUCCGGCGGCGCUAGUGGCUGA